CCUUCCUGAGUUCACAUGAAAACCAUCGAGAAUGACAUCACAGCCUGCCGGACACUCGUGAGGGGCAGACAGGGCUCUGUGUCCGGACACAGGCCGGGCCCCGGGAGAGGGCACACGGCUGUCCCGGCUCCAGCCCACUCCGCACAUCCCGAGUCCUGCCAGCGCCGCGCUGCGGGGCGCGGGGCCCGUGGGCAGCGCCAAGGGAAGAGGCAGCAGCGAAGCCGCUUUGCUGCGAGCUGCGGAGCCAGCAGACCUUAUUGUCCCGCGGUUUUGCUGUCCUUCCCCCGUUCUCCCCCGUGUGAGGGAGGGGCAGAGCCGCGGUCGCGGGCAGCGGUCCCCGCCGGGCCCCGCACGCCGCCGGCUGAGGCCGAGCGGGCGGAAGCGCCUCGCCUUCCGCUUCCCCUCUGCCCGGGAAGAGGCGGGCACAGCUGCGGCCAUGCAGGUCUCCAGCCUCAACGAGGUGAAGAUCUACAGCCUGAGCGCCGGCAGGAGCCUCCCGGAGAUAUCCGUAGAAGAAUUGAACUUAUUCAAGACUUUGAAAUGCCCACAGUUAGCACAAAGAUUAAGGUAUCAAGAGAUGGACAGUAUAUUAUGGCAGUUGGAACUUACAAGCCCAGGGUCCGCUGUUUUGAUACCUAUCAGUUAUCCCAGAAAUUUGAAAGAUGCUUAGAUUCUGAAGUGGUUACGUUUGAGAUAUUAUCAGAUGAUUACUCAAAGAUUGUCUUCUUGCAGUGUGGCAGAUUUGUGGAGUUUCAUUCACAACAUGGCCAUUACUACAAGACAAGAAUACCAAAAUUUGGUAGAGAUUUCUCUUACCACUACCCAUCGUGUGAUCUGUAUUUCGUAGGAGCAAGUUCUGAAGUUUACAGGCUAAAUCUGGAACAAGGAAGAUUUCUGAACUCCCUGCAAACUGAAGCUUCGGAGAGUAAUGUCUGUGACAUAAAUCCUGUACACUUCUUGUUUGCUAUGGGGACGGCUGAGGGUAAAGUGGAAUGCUGGGAUCCUAGAACUAGAAAUCGAGUUGGGCUGUUGGACUGUGCUUUAAGCAGUGUGACAGCAGACACAGAGAUAGAAGGUUUGCCAUCCAUUUCAGCACUGAAAUUUGAUGGGGCUUUGAAUAUGGCUGUUGGAACAUCUACUGGGCAGGUCCUAUUGUAUGAUCUCCGGUCUAGUAAUCCAUUAAUAGUCAAAGAUCACCACUAUGGCCUGCCUAUUAAAUCAAUUCAGUUUCAGCAUCAGUUGGAUUUAAUUAUCUCUGCGGAUUCUCGAAUCAUAAAAAUGUGGAACAAAGAUACAGGGAAGAUAUUUACUUCAAUGGAGCCAGAACAUGAUAUAAAUGAUGUCUGCCUUUAUCCAAAUUCGGGAAUGCUAAUGACUGCCAAUGAAGCCCCUAAAAUGAAUAUCUAUUAUAUACCAGUUUUAGGACCUGCCCCAAAAUGGUGUUCCUUCUUGGACAACUUGACUGAAGAACUGGAAGAGAAUCCAGAAAGCACUGUUUAUGAUGAUUACAAAUUUGUUACCAGAAAAGACCUUGAAAAUUUAGGCCUUGCUCAUCUCAUUGGAUCAUCAUUGCUCAGAGCAUAUAUGCAUGGCUUCUUCAUGGAUAUAAGACUUUAUCAUAAGGCAAAAAUGAUGGCCAACCCCUUUGCCUAUGAAGAAUAUAGAAGAGAGAAAAUAAGGCAGAAGAUAGAAGAAACACGUGCACAGAGAGUUCAGCUGAAGAAACUCCCAAAAGUUAAUAAAGAACUUGCACUCAAACUGAUUGAAGAAGAAGGAGAAGAGCAACAGUUCAGUAAAAAAAGGAAACAAAAGAAUCUGCCCAGCCUUCUCAAAGAUGAUCGUUUUAAGGUCAUGUUUGAGAAUCCAGAUUUCCAGGUGGAUGAGCAGAGUGAAGAAUUUAGGCUACUUAAUCCACUUGUUUCUAAAAUAAGUGAGAAAAGAAAGAGGAAGCUAAAGAUCUUAGAAGAACUGGAAGCACAAGGACAGCAGGAAGAGGAGGAAGAACCAGAAGGAAAAGCAAGUGAUGCAGAAAGUUCUGAGAGUUCAGAUGAUGAAAAAGGCUGGGUUGAAGAGGUCAGGAAACAGCGCAAGCUUUUACGCCAAGAGGAAAAACUAAAGCGGCAGGAAAGGCUCAAGGAGGAUCAGCAAACAUUACUAAAACCUCAGUUUUUUGAGAUUAAAGAAGGAGAGGAAUUCAGAAGCUUCAAAGACUCUGCCAAAAAACAGAAAUUAAUGAAGAAAACUCUUGAAGAUCGUUUAAAGCUUGAAGAAAAACUUGGCACACUCAAUGUGUCUGAUACCACAGUAGGAAGCAAACAGGCAACAUUCAAAUUAAAGAAGUCAGAGCAGCAAAGGAAACAGCAGGAAGCUGAGAAACUACAUCGUCAAGAGAGGAAAACUCUUCGGCGUUCUGCCAGUCAUCUCAAGAGCAGACGUGGAAGAGGACGACUAUUUCAUUGAUUUAUAUUAUUUUUUUCAAGAAAAUUUUUACCUCAUUUUUCAUUUGAAAAAGGGGCUGUUUCAAACUGGGACACAGUACCAAUGGAUUUGGAUUUUGAUUCAUUGUUGAACACGAAACCAGAACUUCUUAAACUUUGUGUUAAUUACUGAAAAGUUUAUGGAAGUACUGACCAAAGGACACUGAAUAUGGUCCAUUGUGAACUGUAUUUGUUCAGAAAUGACCAGCAACUGGUUAUUGUGUAACCCUGGAUGUUUUCUAUAUAAGAAUUCCUGUAUACAAUGAGGCUGCUUGUCUUUUAUUUAACUUAAGAGCUGUUAGUUUCAGUUUCUGAAAUCUUUGUGACUGCUUAGAUAAAAGAUCAAGAGUAAGUUAUUUUGUCUAAAAAGCUUAUCUUUACAAGGGCACAACAAAUUUUUCUGGUUCCUGAAGGAUGACACACAGUUGUAUUUUUCAAAAACUGACUUUGGCUUUAUAUUCUUGGGUUGCCUUUAGUAGCAAAUGGUUGUCAGGAGGACAACCUGAUUUGUGUUCCUUUGAGUCUUUCUGUAAGGAUUCCACACCAGUGUACAAAGUGUACAGAAGGGUCCUAUUAAUUUAGAUUUAGUGAAUAUAAAACCUGAUCCUGAUGUUUCUGUUUUGGAAAGCCAGCCAUGAUUCAACAUAGAUCAAAUGGCAUAUGUUCAUGUAACAAGCACUUCUAGGCCAUGCCAGUAGUAUCCUAUGCUUAAAAAAAAAGUGUUUAGUUAAAUAAGUUAAAAAAAUCCUUGAACCUAAGUAGGUCACUGUUUAGCAAAUAAAUUAAAUUUUUACCUUUGAUCCUAAGGGAACCUUUUUAUUGCUUUUUAAAACCCUUUAUAAAUUGCCUUUUUGUAGAUAAAAAAAACUGAACUUUGGAUCCAACAAGAAUUAGUGAAUCUCCCUAUCACUGUAAAUGUUUUUAAGAGGCCCGUAGGUUCUUAAGUGUUUUGCUUUAUAAACCAGGGAGGUAUUAAUAUGGUCAGGUCUCUUGGAGAGUAUUUAUAGAAUCUUUGCAAUUACCUCAGUAAAAGCCUUGGUUUCUCAUAGCCUCAUAUUUUUUUAUUUUUGGUAGAUGAUAGAAAAAUUAGCCACAUGGAUAAUUUUUUUUUUCUUCCUGACUUAAUUUUACUGCUUUAAUUCCUUCUCAUUUUAACGGAUGAUUAAUGUUUUCAUGGGGAUUUUAAACUGUAUUGAUGCCUUUAGUUUAAAAAGGCCCUUUCACCUGCUAUUAUCUUUAAAAAUUUACAUUGUAGUCAUCACCUCUGCCCUUGCAUUCAACUAAAGGAUGAGUCUCUCAAUACCUAGUUUUUUACCUCUAGCUGUCAAAUUUCUGCAUUGUCCAUAAGCUUCUCAUGCUUUUUAUUUAGCACAGAACUAUUCAGUAUUCCAAUGUCAGUCUCACCAUGCUGUAAGUACCAUUAUUACUUCUCCUUAAGCACUGAGAAAAUGUGAAUGCAGUUGUGGUUGCUUUGGGGUUUGUCCCUCUUUUUGGAGUCUUGACUUUUGAUAUUCAAGACUUUGAAAUCCAAAUGCAGUGGCAAGUUAAAAUUUGUACUAAUGCAACAUCUUCCCCCCAGAGCAUUAUGUUAUCUCUGAAGGUAUCUGUGUGCAAUUCUGAUGUGCGUACAUCAUAGUUGGGGCUAUAGCAAUGUGGAAAGGUUAACAGUGGAAACUGACCUCCAUCGUGGUUGGUACAGGGAGAGUUGGGGACUGAUGGACAGAACUGGCAUUGUAAGAGCAGGAAUUUGGCAGAGUUUGCUCCUUCUUGUGGUGGGCCUAAAUCCCAUUAUAUUUGAUCUAGAGCUGCAUUUAUGGUUGAAGGCAUCUGUAUUUCAGCAACGAUUCUGUGGGCUGUCAAGAGCAGUAAAAAACCAAAUGUGGUUUGUAGCAACGUGCUACGUUGAGGUCCCCAAGGCUGCCUGCACACUCGGGUCUGGGGCAAGAGACUACUGGAAAGCUACCGGGAAAACGAUAUCGGGACAGGUUCUUGUUUGGGUGUCCAAAAGCUUUUAUUGCCUCAAAUGGGGUCCAAGGACAAGAACAAAAACAGGCUGAGGGUCCAGGCUUAUAUACAGGGUAAGAGGGGGCGGUUCAGAGGGCUAGGAUCCAAUGGGAGUAGGGCAAAGUGGUGCAUAGGAGGGGUUAGGGACAGGGACAACCAUUGGGAAUUGGCAAGGCAGGGCAAUGCACCAAAGCAGGGCCAAUAGGGGUUCAAGGAAGGGGGAACAUUUUAGGGGGUAUACAUAAAUGAGAAGUGGGGGCUGAACAGGGGUGGUCAGGGCCAACAGACCAGUGAGAUAGUGGAACUAGGAACUAAUUAACAUGAGAAUGCAAAGGCCUGUGGGGAGAAGGCUUCUCUCACCCUAGCCUUGGUAGGUUUUACUUAUUGCAACCCUUCCAAGGAUGAGGGAUGGGGAAUUUGGUAAUUGGCCCUUGGUCCCCACAGUGGUUGAUCCGUAGGGUGGUAAUGCAUUGAGUUUGAAAUGGUUAACUUCCAGCUUAAAAUGAGUGUAUUUCCUGUGAUUUGAGAUUCUUCUGACUGACUGACUGAGUGUUUUGCUUUUCAUGCACUUGCAUUCACAAUGUAAGUAUUGUGAUAGUAUUGAUCAUGUAGUUAGGCUGAAGCCUAUAUGAUUAAAGGAAUAUGCUUUGUACUGUUAAAAGGUGCAUGCCAACUGCCCUUAGUAUGCCAUUUAUGUCAUCUCAAAGAAAGUUGGGAUACACUUUAAAUACCUCCUUGGACCUGCUGGCAGUGCUCUUCCUAAUGCACCCCAGGACAACACUGGCCUUGUUGGCCACAAGGUCACUGCCAGCUCAUGGACAGCUUGUUGUCCACCAGGACCCCCAGGUCCUUCUCUGCAGAGCUGCUUCCCAGCAGGCCAGCCCCAGCCUGUGCUGGUACCCAGGGUUAUUCCUCCCCAGGUGCAAGACACUGCAUUUGCCUUUGUUAAAUUUGAAACUGUUCCUCUCUGCCCCUCUCUCGAACCCACUGAGGUCCUUCUGAAGGGCUGCACAGCCCUUUGGGGUAUUGGCCUCUCCUCACAGCUUAGUUUUCAUCAGGGAACUUGCUGAGCAGGUUUCUGCCCCUUCAUCCGAGUCAUUGAUAAGUUAAACAAUACUGAACCUUGUUCAAUAUUCCCUUGUCCUUGGGGGACACAAGUCGUGACAGCCACCACUGUCCUGUGCCUGUAGAGCCUGUGCCACUGAUUACUCUCUGGGAUCUGCCAUUCAGCCAGUUCUCAAUCCACAUCACUAUCCACAUAAGGACCUGGCAUGAAGCUUGUUGAGAAAACUGAUUAAACUGAUUAAACAGAUUAACAGUAGGUUAAAGUUGUUCUUGAACAGCUGUCUGGGGAAGAUUGGAAGUUUCAGUAGAAGCUGGCAUAUUAAUGCAACAUCAUUGCAAAUAAAUUAACUUCAUCAUGCAACCUAAACAGGCAAGUGUUAGUCUGCGUUUCAUAAUGUUUUUCAGUCAGUGGUCACUUCAUUUUCCAUACUGGAGGAAUCAGUAUUUAUCCAGAAUUGCAGUUCCUAGAAGUUGAGCCUCUGCUGGCAUCCUUUGUGACAUUUAAGAUUCAUACUCUUAUGGUAAGUGUGAUCAGAUGCUGUAGCCUUCAUGGAAACCUCGAUUGUUUCUUACAUGUUAGAACUUAGUGGUGAGAAUCAGUUUUUAAAACUCACUAUAAAUAAAUGUAGAGAUAGUGGCUAAAUGUGAGUGAAAUGCCGAGGAGAUAAAGGAAUCAUCUAGGUCUGAUGUGUCAUCUCUACUUCAGUAUUUUUUUACUCCACAGGUAAUAUGAUUUAUAUCAGUUAAGCUAUUAGUCAUUCAGCAAACAUUGAACCAAAACUAAUUAUCUAAUGUUCUUUCUAAAAUUCUGUUACCAAGCCAAGAAUCAUUCUGUGUUCUUGUGGCUGGUAUAAUUGUCUGAAAUUAAGCACAUCUACCAAUUUAAACAAAACAGUGAAAAGAUUUACCACACACUGCUGGUUUUUAAUAUCUGAACAAAAGAAAUGUGAUUUUUAAAUAUUACCCUGAAUACAUAGCAAGUGCAUGUAAAAUGUAUUAUGCACAUGGGGUUUAUAUAUGGAGCUUAAAGCAGGUUUGAGAUGUCCAGCUUCAGGAGUUGUGAGAGAGGAUGUAACAGUUUUCAGAUUACUCCAUCUUGUUUUGCAGCAGCCUUUUAUAUUUGUAUUCAUGUUUCCAGGUUUGAAAAUGGUGAAUAUAAUCUAAUUUCAGGAAGAAAGGACCAUAUUUCAGAUGCAGGAGUACAGUGAAGCAGUGCAUCUCCUUGCCUGGGGAGGUUGUGCAAUGUCCACGAAAAGACUUGUGAUGUUGGAUUAAACAUCUGCAGGUAUAGAUGUCUGUGUACCUUCAGGUGUAGUGGUGCCUUCCCUGAGGAAGAGGAAUGGUUUAAUGAACUUUAGAGGACCUCUCCAGCCUGAUUACUCUAUGAAUGUUGCAGGGCAUAAGGAGGAAACAUGUAUCGUUAAUUGACUGGAGUAAUUUUCCCCCUUUGUCUCAUCCUUCCACUGAAUCACUCAGUUCUAUCUUUUUAUCUUUCUUAAAGAUUAAGUACUUCUUUUGGCAUGUCUCCAUAGCUAAUAUAUUUUGUCUGAUCUUGAGAAGCAUGGGGAUUUUAAACUGAAUGGAAGCACAUAAAUCUAUUAAUAAAUUUUACCUCUUGAUCAUUA